AAGUGCAUUCUAUUUAAAUACUUCGAAAAGGUUUCAAAGCCAACUUCAGACUCUACAAUUUGUUUGUGCUUCGUUUAUGCAGAAAAGUUAAAUUUGCAAUUUCUGGUUCAAAUUUAGUGGUUAAUCAUGACGGGCCCUCGGUUAAAGCAGAUUGUCGUCGAGAAUUUCAAGUCAUACAGGGGAAAUAUGACUAUUGGGCCAUUAAAACCGUUUAACGCCGUUGUUGGCCCCAAUGGGUCAGGUAAAUCUAAUUUCAUGGAUGCUAUUUCAUUCGUAAUGGGUGAAAAAACCAGUAGUCUUCGUGUUAAGAGAUUAAGUGACCUUAUUCAUGGAGCCGCUAUCAGUAAACCUGUUUCAAGAAGUUGUUCUGUUACUGCUGUUUUUAUUUUAAACGAAGAAGGAAAAGAGAUUGCAUUUCAACGAUCGGUUCAAGGAAGUGCAUCUGAGUACAGAUUAAACGGCUCGUUGGUGUCAAAUCAUGAAUAUAUGGUUGAAUUGGAAAAGUUGCGAAUUAACGUGAAAGCGAAGAACUUUUUGGUCUUCCAAGGAGCCGUGGAAUCGAUUGCAAUGAAAAAUCCCAAAGAAAUGACGUUGCUUUUUGAAGAAAUAAGUGGAUCAGGAGCUUUAAAAGAAGAUUACGACAAAUUAAAAAAUCAAAUGCAAAAGGCACAAGAAGAAAUCAAUUUGGCUCUGCAGAAAAAGAAAGGAAUCAAUGCGGAACGUAAAGAGGCUCGCCUUGAAAAAGAGGAAGCUGAUAAAUACGCUCGAUUAAAAGAUGAACUUAAUGAUAAAUUAGUUGAGCAUCAAUUAUUCCGUCUUUAUCAUAACGAGCAUGAAGUUAAAAGCCUCGAAAACGAUCUAAAAGGAAAACACCGUGAAGUUGAAAAAAUCGAAAAAAGAAAAGAAAAAGCCGAAGAAGUACUCAAAGAUAAACGCAAAGAUCAAGGUAGAAUUAAUCGAGAAUUAGCUAAAUUUGAACAGGAUAUUCGAGAGGUUGAGGUAGAAAUCUCAAAAAAGAAACCUCAAUUUAUUAAAGCAAAAGAACGCGUUUCUCACAUGCAAAAGAAACACGAUGGGGCCAUAAAAACCUUAGAACAAGCGCGAAAAGCUCACGAAGCUCACAUGAACGAUAUAAAAAAGCUCGACGAUGAAUUGGCAGAAGUGGAAAAGGCUAAAGAAGAAUACGAAAUGACGAUUGCCGGCGAAAGUCAAAGCCAAGGGCGCGACGUUCACUUGGAAGAUGAACAAGUUGUUGAAUAUCAUCGAUUGAAAGAGGAAGCCGCGAAAAGAUCGGCUCGGUAUAUGCAAGAAUUGGAUUCUGUUAAUCGAGAACAAAAAGCCGAUCAAGAUCGUUUGGACAACGUGACUAGAUCGAGAACGGAAACGGAAAAUAAACACCGACAAAAAGAGCAUGAAAAAGAAGAGAUGGAGAAGAGAAUUGAGAAAUUAAUGGAACAUAUUCGAACAAGCGAGCAAGCUUUGUUGGAUCAAAAGCAAUUGCGUGAAGAUUUACAAUCCGACGUGGGGUCUUCUAAAGAUCGUGUUCAAGAAAUACAAAGACAAUUAGAUGAUGUCGUCGAACAACUAGGGGAUGCUAGGAUUGAUAAACACGAAGAUUCAAGAAGGAAAAAGAAACAAGAGAUUGUUGAGAGAUUCAAAAGUAGUUAUCCCGGUGUGUAUGAUCGGAUGAUUAAUAUGUGUCAACCAACUCAUAAACGCUACAAUGUGGCUGUUACUAAAGUUUUGGGGAAAUAUAUGGAGGCUAUCGUUGUUGAUACCGAACACACAGCUCGUCAAUGUAUUAAAUAUUUGAAAGAGCAGAUGUUGGAACCAGAAACGUUCUUACCAUUAAAUUAUUUGCAAUUAAAACCAAUAAAGGAACGAUUAAGACAUAUCACUGAACCGAAGGGGGUGAAAUUGCUGUAUGAUAUUCUCUUUUUUGAACCUCAAGCUAUUUCAAAAGCUGUUCUUUUCGUUACAAAUAAUAUUUUGGUUUGUGAAACUCCGGAGGAUGCGAGCAAAGUUGCAUAUGAAUGUGGAGGAAGAUAUGAUGCUGUUGCUUUAGAUGGGACUUAUUAUCAAAAAGCGGGUAUAAUUUCUGGUGGGAGUUUGGAUUUGGCUCGAAAAGCAAAACGAUGGGAUGAAAAGCAUAUGUCUCAACUAAAAGCACAAAAGGAAAAACUUACAGAAGAAUUACGUGAUUCAAUGAAAAAAUCAAGAAAAGAAUCUGAAUUGAACACCGUUGAUUCUCAAAUUCGUGGGUUGGAGACUCGUCUAAAAUAUGCCAAAACAGACAUGGAGAGCACCAAUAAGCAAAUAAAAAAAGUCGAAAGGGAAUUGGAAAUCCUUUCAAAUGAAAUCACUCAAUACAUUCCUCAAAUGGAAGAAAUCGAAAAAUCGAUGCAAGUUCGCGAACAAGAAAUUGAAGAGGUUAAACUAAAAAUGAACAAUCUCGAGGAUGUCGUAUUUUCCGCAUUCUGCCAAGAAAUCGGCGUAAAAAAUAUCCGUCAAUACGAAGAUCGCGAACUUCGCGCCCAAGAAGAGCGUAAACAAAAACGUCUCGAAUUCCAAAAACAAAUUAAUCGAAUCACCAGUAACUUAGAAUUUGAGAAAAGUCGCGAUACACAAAACAAUGUGAGUCGUUGGGAACGAACGGUUAACGACGAAGAAGAAAAAUUAGAAUCGUGCAAGAAACAAGAAGCAAAACAACGCGAAGAAAUCGAUAAAGAUAUGCGUCAAGUCGAUCAUUUAAAAGCACAAAGGUUAUCAAAAAAACAAGAAUGCGAUGGGAUGGAAGAAGAAGUGGGAAAAGCUCGUCGUGAAGUGGGUGCUAUCGCGAAAGAUGUUCAAGCGGUACAAAAACAAGUACUUUCUUUAGAAGCAAAAAUUGAAACGAAAAAAAGUGAUCGCCACACCAUUUUGAUGCAAUGCAAAAUGGACGAUAUUGUUAUUCCUAUGUUAGUUGGAAAUAUGGAGGAUAUCGUCCAACCCGAUCCUAGCUCAAACCCUUCAGCUGAUACAAGCACUUCAGCAGUUCAAUACGAAAGAGAAGCAAGAAUUCAAAUCGAUUAUAGCCAACUUUCAGAUCAUUUAAAAGAUUUAGACGAAAAAGAUGACAUUAAAAAGCAAGCGGAUAAAUUAUAUAAAGCAAUUCAAAGUUUACAAGACACCUUAACUAAAAUUCAAGCCCCGAAUUUAAGAGCGAUGCAAAAAUUGGAAGCCGCUCAAGGUAAAUUACAAUCAACCAACGAAGAAUUUGAAUCACUCCGAAAACAGAAUCGCAAAGCUAAAACGGCUUUCGAAAAAAUUAAACAACAAAGAUACGAAAAAUUUACGAGAUGUUUCGACCAUGUUUCUAAUGAAAUCGAUAAUAUUUAUAAAAGUUUGGCUCAAAAUCAAUCAGCACAAGCGUUUUUGAAUACGGAAAAUCCUGAAGAACCCUAUUUAGAUGGGAUUAAUUAUAAUUGUGUUGCUCCAGGAAAACGAUUUCAACCAAUGUCGAAUUUAUCGGGUGGUGAAAAAACCGUAGCCGCUUUAGCUUUACUUUUUGCUAUUCACAGUUAUCAACCAGCGCCGUUUUUCGUUUUGGAUGAAGUUGACGCUGCUUUGGAUAAUACUAACAUUGGGAAAGUAGCAAAAUAUAUUACAGAAAAAACGGGAACUUUACAAACGAUCGUUAUUUCAUUAAAGGAGGAGUUUUAUUCGCACGCUGAUGUUUUAAUUGGUAUUGCACCAGCUCCUGCUGAGUGUUUGGUCAGCAAAGUAUUUACAUUUGAUGUAACUAAAUAUCCAUAUUAAAAAGUAUAACUAAUCUUAUUUUAAUUCAUGUUACGGUAUUAUUGCAGUUUUUUUUAAUAAAACAAUA